UAACCAUUCACGUAGUUUGGUUGCGUCUUGGUGUAUUUAAUGUUGCCAAUAACGAGGGAUUUUUUUUUUUUUAAGCCGAGUACAGGUCGUGCUGCAAUUAGUUCAUUGAAAACUCAGUUGCUCUCUGAGCGCUUGGACAGAGACUGCUUUCGGCUUUUUUUUCUGCUGAUCGUUAAGAUCUUCUAUAGAGAGCUGCAACAAUGCCCAAAAGAAAGGCUGCCGGUCAAGGUGAUAUGAGGCAGGAGCCAAAGAGAAGAUCAGCCAGACUGUCUGCUAUGCCUGUGCCCAUUAUACCAGAGUUGAAGCCCAAAAGAACAUCAACUCCAAAGAAAAUGAAGACAAAAAAUGAUAUGAUGGAAAGAAAUACAGAUGCAGGUGCCAAAGCAAUAGCUGAAAACAAGCAAGAGGAAGUUAUUAAAGGAGAAUGUAAUGCUGAAAAUGCUGAAAAUGAAGAAGCCAAAAUUAUGGAGGCACCAGCUCCUGAAAAAGAACUUGAGGAAAUGAAAGAAGAAAAAGAUGAAGAUGAUGUUGAACCAUCUUUGCAGCCCAGGAACAAAUCCCGCAUGGUUGUGGUGAAUAGUCCUUUUGAUGUACUGUUGGAUCUUAUUGGCCAGUAUCUUGGUGAAAUUUUGGCACCCAUGUUCAUCAGGCAUAUUUCUGUAAUUCUACUUUUUGGCUUUAGCAUAAACAUCAGAGCACAGCAGCUGGGAACGCCCAGCUUGCCCAGUGGCCAGGAACGUCCAGCUUACACAGCAGUUGGGAAUGCCCAGCUCACUCAGGGCAGAAUGCUGCCCCAACUGAAACUUGAUUGCUCUUGA